CGCUUUCAAGUAACUCCACCAGCGAGUGGGUGUCGUGAGACCUUCAACCGUCUUUCCGUCUUUGCUUGCGCAAGGCUCCAGCUCCCGCGACCGGUUUGGAUGUAGCCUUUUACACACGUCGAGCGUUGUCGCCUCUUUGUUGCACCCACGCAUCCUCCCCCGCAUUCGGCGGUCUCGGUCGGCAUCAUGGCUUCCCUCAACCUGGAGAAACAGCUCACCUUUUAUGGAAGCUACCAUCAUAAUCCCGUCAACAUUGGCGUUCACAUAACAUGUGUGCCUCUUAUCAUGAUGACGGCCUUCCUCUUUCUGUCAAACACCCCUGCCGUCUCCUUGCCCGAGUGGCUCUCCGUUCCGAACCUCCCGCUUAACGCAGGGACGUUCUUCUGCGCCCUUUACUCCAUACUAUACAUCUUGAUGGAGCCGGUGGCCGGCGGCCUCCUUACCCCACUACUCUUUGCCGGAACCGCGUUCGUGCAGCACCUGGUCGCUACCUACGGCGCGCUCGCGAACUACUGGGCGAUCGGGUUGCACAUCUUCUCCUGGAUCGCUCAGUUCAUCGGACACGGAAAGUUCGAGGGGCGUGCGCCUGCGCUGUUGGACAACAUCGUCCAGGCCCUGUUCCUGGCGCCGCUCUUCGUUUGGCUGGAAGUCCUAUUCUACUUUGGCUAUCGCCCGGAACUGCAAAGCAGGAUCGAGAAGGCUGUUCAGGACAACCUGAAGAAGUUCAGAGAGGAGAGGCAGAAGAAGCUCGCUGCCAACGGCGCUGCCAACGGAACCAAGAAGGCAACCUAAUUCGCCUCGUAGAGCGCGCCGUAGGGAUGCCAGGCCGGAGGAGUUAACUCGUUAAGUGGUCGAAGGCGUUGGGUUGGCAAGUGAUUAAGCGCCCAGUCGGGUCAGUGAUUUGACAGGACAGUCAUAGAAUGCAUCGGCUGGUC